AUGCCGCCUUCCCCUGACCACACACUCGAGCUCGAAGCGUUGCAAGCCAUCUAUGGCGACAACUCGGUGCAUGUCAACGUCUCGUCCGAUCGCCAUGUUGGGGUGCAGGUUAUCGUCCAGGACAUUGUGACGUUCGACUUCACAACGAGUGCGUCGUACCCGCGAGACCAACAGUGCCCAGCCGUGUCGUUUACAUACCUCAGCAGCAAGUUCACAGGCGACGAUGACGCGCUUCGUCACGUCAUGUGUUCUGCCGCCGCGUCGCCCCUGGCGCAUGGCGAAGUGUGCCUGUUUAGCAUGAUCGAAGCAGGAGUAGCAUACGUUCAAGACAAUGCAGUAGCAGCCGUCAAGUUGAAGGACGAUGCGUGCCCCCCGGCGCCCGUUCCGCGGGCGAAAUCGCAGGUACCGACUCGAACGAAACAACCAACCAAGCCGCACCCGUCGUCCAAGCAGUCAGUGGACUCGCCAUCUCCAACGGAGAAGGGCAGCAUGCGCACGGCCACGGAUGUGAUACAUCGAAUGCUAUGGGACGACCAGGUCAACGAGAACGAAGUGGUCGUGGGAUACCUCGAUCGAUUCCUCGGCAUCAUGGAGCGCCCCCUCAUGUCGUUCAACUGGAGCGAUAUCUCGACGCUGUCCCACAUGGAGACAGCGAUUCCAAAACACCGCAUUCAGUACUUCAAGUGGAAGGGGGCGAUUGUCUGGGACAAGCGAUGCCGUUUGGAUCGCGUGUUCGGAUCGUCGGGCCACGAGCCCGUGUCGUUUGAUGCGAGCCCCGCGACUCUGGUCUCGUCCCCAAGCCAGAAGAUUGCCAAGGAAGUCGCGCCGUACUUUCCCCCGUUCCACACCAACUCGGACCGCCCGAACGCAUUCUUGUGCAUCCGCAUCAUGGACCCGGCUGUGGUGGCGGCCUGCGUGGCCAUUCAACACGAAAUUGUUGCGACCAACGAUCGCCUCCGCCCCGCGCUCAUCCCGCCGCACAAAUUUCACUGUACGCUUGCCAUGCUCCGCCUCCGCAACGUGCAGGACCUUGCCAUUGCUCAGCGCAUGCUGCUGGAAAUGAGGGGACUCAUCCAGACAACGGUACGAGCAUCGCCUUCGCUUGAGCUCGUCGGCGUCUCGACGUUUUCGAAUCGGGUCGUACAUGUGCAAGUGACGCAUCCAGCCCUUGCCCAAAUUGCCGCGCUCCUCCGACGUCGGUUGCAAGCUGUCGGGAUCUCGGACGUCGGCAACCACGACCCAUUCCAAGCCCACGUCACACUGUGCAAGCUGAACCGCGACAUGUGCAAAACCACUCCAUCCGUGAACUAUUCCAACUCGUCCGUUCGCAUGGGAACCCAGACUUGGAGCGACAUCGAACUGUGCGCGACGGGCGGUCGCCUCGACGCGGACGGGUUCUACGUACGGCUCGCCCCAACGUUAGCCCUCGAUGUCCCGGAGCCCGAUCAUGCCGCGAUGGAAGCUGCUCUUCCACGUCUGCUGCCACGGUCUGUGUUGAUCUUGCGUGGGGCACCCGGUAGCGGCAAGUCGACUGCCAGUCGCGCGGUCGCAAGAGUGUAUGGCCCCCAUGCCGUUCGCAUUUGCAGCGCCGACUCGUUUUUUGAGCUCGCUGGUGUGUACACGUUCGACAAAUCCAAGCUCGACAUGGCGCAUGCCCAUUGCCAGGAUCAAUUCGAUCAGGCGCUCGAGGACUCGACCGUGAACAUUGUCGUGGUGGACAACACCAACGUCGAGCUUCGCCAUCUCCUGCCGUAUGUAGAUCGCGCGCGCGCUGCAAACCGUCCCGUCCAUGUGCUUGAAUUCGAAACGUCGGACGCGGCGGCAUGCAUUCGCCGCUCAAUCCACGACAUUCCCGGCGACUCUGUCGCACGGUAUCUCAAGGUCGAGCCCCUUGGCAACCUCGACGGCAUCGCUUCGAUCACUCGAGUCCCCGUGCAAGGCUUGGUGCCGCCAACGUCCAGGCCGCUCCAGUUCCCGAAGGUCCUGUUCGCUGCAGUUGCCCUUGACGAUUCGUCCAAGGCGCGCUUGAAGCGGCAUGUGACUCCCGUGCAUGCGCAUGUUGCGCUCGACCACGUGACAAUCUCAUACGAACCGUCGGAGGCCGUGUUGAACACUCUACACUUGGGCGCGACUGUUGGAUUUGAAGUGAUCACUUGUGCGACAAAUGCACACGUGCAGGCGCUGGUCGCGACGACUCCCAAAGUUGGCCAGACUUCUUGGGGUAACGGCGGCUCUCCUCCACACGUUACCGUGUCGUUUGCACCAGGGUCGUCCGCCAAGGCGAGCCACGAUCUCUUGGCAACCACACACGCCGUCCCGCUGCCAUUUCCCAUCCCGAUCUCGGGGACUGUGACGUACUACACGCUAGAUCGCCGCCGCGUGACGUCGCUGGCUGAGCUCGUCCAGCUAGGUGACACCGCGUCGUCCCACCGUCAGCCUGCGUUUCAGUCUUUGGUGCUGCCGCCGGCGGUGACGAGCCUUCAUGUGUUCGACUUUGACAUGACGUUGAUUCGACCGCCCCCUCGCCACUACGGCAUGCAAGUUCUGUCCGCACAAGACGCUGCCUCCAUCGGGAAGGACUGGUUCAAGUCCCCCCUGAGUCUCCACUCGUCGCAGAAGCUUGUCCCGCUUCCAGCCGUCAGCGAACUCAAGCGAGUCCUUGGGGCGACGGCCGCCUGUGGCGUUGUCCUGACCGCUCGCGACCAAUCUCUGGAACCUAACAUCCGGGAGGUCCUCGCCGCCUACGGCGUGUAUCCCGACGCGGUCUUUGGGAAGCCAUCGCACUUGACGGCAGACUUAGCCGGCCAGACGCAGGAAAGCCAGGCGGCCGGUCGCGCCCUCGAGAACAUUUCGUUCAAGCUGAGCGCACUCACUUCGUGGGUCGACUCGUCCGAGGCGCUCGAACGUGUCGUCGUAUACGAAGACGACGACGACGUCCUCCAGGAGCUGUACAAGUGGAGUGGCAAGUGGUCGGCCCAGCGCCACCUCUCGAUCGAAAUUGUCGACGCCAAGCUCAUGUACACCGGCAAGCCGUACACGGUGGUGCAGUGGCUCAAGAACCUCGGGCACGUCCCGACGAUUGACUUUACGACCCGCGUUCAUGCGAUCCUCACAGACAUUUCGGGGUGGACCAACUCGACAGACAUCCGUCCAUUUGGGUCGUUUGCGCUGGGGCGGGCAAGCGACUUGGAUGUCCUGGUGGCCAUGCAAGACCACCAAGCUUCGGCCCAGCAAGCGGUGGCGCAGCUGGCGGCCACCAUGCGGCAUCACGGACUCGUGGAUGUGUACGAGAGCGGCAAUAGUCGGUGCCCCGUCCUCAAGGCGCGCUGGACGUUUCCGCAUGCAUCGCCCAUUGAAGUGGACGUUGUGUUCGCCGACAAAGCCGCUCUCGUCGCGUACGACAAUCACAAAACAUCGACGGAUUCGUGGUGGACGAGUUCCAACCCGAACGACCGUGCGCUCUUGGGGCUCGCGACCCUUCGGGCGAUACAGACUCAAAUGGCCACCGCUCCCGUCUCCAUGCACGUAUUUGCGCGCUGCGUCGACGUCGUUGUGGCCCAGCUCAAGGCGAAGCAGCUCCAUGGGACCCAAUACAACGGCGUCCCGACGUUCAAAAUUGCAGCGCUCGUCGCGGCUUUCUGCGCAACGCAGUCGCACGAGUUGUCUGUGAAAGAUGCUGUGAAGGGGUUUUAUGCGAGCCAUCCCGUCUUGGACGUUUCCAACAUCCACCUUGGCCCGCACAUACAAGUGUGUGUUCAAGUAGCGUUUGAUGAAGGCCGCGAGAUUUGCUGCACCGACAAGGGGCCGUUUCCGUCAUCUGGCGCGCUCUCCCGGCUCGUCCAGCGGCGCAGUCCAUGUGUCGACCCUACGCAUAUCGUAUCCAUCGCUGUGACAUACAAGCCGCACGGGACGAAAUCGACGUGGGCGCUUACCCACUGGUUCAACUGGUCGCUUGCCAAAGCAUGGCGCGACUUGUUCCACGCCAAGGCCGUCGAAGUGGAUCCGAUGCAUCCUGCUCCAGGCAUGGCCCCCAAGACAUGA